AUGGCAACCCCGAUGGCAUCUCCGAUCCGACUAUCCCCACAUGUUCAGUGUAUCCAGCAAAGCUCACCCUACACCAACAUAUAUGAUAAUGCGCCUGUUAGUCCGAUUCGCGCCCGAGAAAACACCCAACACUUACGGGAUAUGCUCCCCCAUUCCCACCCAGAACAGAAACGCUGGGAAAAUCCCGGCGGCUGGGGUGCACGUCACUUGAAUGACAUGGCGCCGUUCACGCUUUGGGACGAGCAAAACCACAAGUUCCGCCACCCCUCACGUCAGGACUGGACCUGGAUCCGUAGUAAGUUCGGGGAGGGAACAGUGCACAUCUCCGCGUGGCUUAUUUGUAUGGAGACGGCCUCUCCACCCCAGCCCAUACCACUGACCCUUGGAACGAUGCCUGUCAUAUUCGUGCGUCCCAUUGCUGUGCUUACUGCCAUCGCGCCACUUGCUCGUGUGAGAGCUGCUAUGUUUCUCCCGGCUUGGACUAUCUUCGAACUUGAGUUUGGAGAUGGCCGGAACUACGAAAAGCGAUCCCUUCCCGGGGUCGUGGCAGGCCGAACAGCACUUUACCACCAUGGAGAUGAACCGUUUUCUAGCACCAUGAGAAGCCUUACCCGCCCUCCCUUUAUUGACCCAUCCCUGGUAUCGGCUGCUGGUGCUGCACCACAAGAUGACUCAAACUACCUUCGGCAGUUGGUUCUUACACCAGGAUGUAGAAUCGAGAGUGGUUUUGGGCUAUCAGGUACCUCAACCGAAUCCACAAAUGCUGCAACCACGUGUGGUAUCAAAAUUCGCAAUCUCGCGGGCGAAGAAAUGCUGACAGUCGCCAAUCAUGGUUUUCUCUCAUCAGAGGAAGUAUACCACCCAUUUGUGAAUGGAGGAGAUCUUAUCGGCGAGGUAGUCGAUACCCGACCUGAGCUUGACAUCGCUCUUGUCAAAUUAAAACCCGCUGCCUCAUCUAGCUUCACUAAUUCCUGCUGCUUUCAAGCCGAACCACCUACUCGCCUCCUAGAAAUGUCCCAAAUCUCCCAAGGCUCAUGGAGUGAAGUGGACGGCAUGAGUUCAGGGCUCUUUAGCAUGAUGAAUAUCGGCACCCAAGCCAUGCAACCGAAACGUCCAGCUGGUCAUCCCGAAAUCGAAUUUGAAGAAUGGGAUACCAGGUCGGUGCAUUUCCUUUUUGGGAAUGUUAAUAGGGCUAUCUCUGAUGGUGUAUGCGGCGCCCCAAUCGUAGACGUUGAAUCAGGUGGGGUAUCCGGCUUUUUCCAGCUGAGUGAUGGGGUCUUUGCUUUUAGUGCUGUCCUUGAUGAUCUGGUGGCUGAGGGAUGGGGAUUGGUGUGA